AUGGAUUUGACUCGGGCACACAGUCUCUCCGACCUCAACGAGACCACGACUGAUGUCACUCUAUUUGUCGAAAUGCCGAGCGACGUGCGCGGACAGCUUCAGGGAUACAAGCCGGCUGAUGGAAACGACGAUACUGCCGAGUUUUUGAAACAAGUCUUCAGAUACCUGCCGUCGGAUGGCAAGAGCCAUCUCGCCGACGAUCUCUUGCAGUGUCAUUCAGACGACAACAUCCGGCAGCUGGCCCAGAACAUCGAGUCAGGGCUGUUGGUUCCCAUCAAGGCUGCUGGAGCCAAGACAGCGACCAUUACCCCGUCGCCACGAAUCGGCUUAGAAGAGUCGAUUGAAAAUCUCGGCUCAACCAUCGACUCGUCGAUGGUUCGAAAGCAGAAGGAGCUGCGCGAGCGGUGCUCGCGCCGCGACGGCGACAUGUGCGUUAUCUCAGGGGUAUUCGACAGCGACAAGGACGCCCCCCCCGGCAAGGAGACAGCGGACCUGGAGGCAGCGCACAUAAUACCUUUCUGUCUUGCCUCGUUCAAAGAUCCUGCGGAACAGCGGUACAUCACCAGUGUAUGGAACACGAUGUAUCGCUAUUUCCCGGGCAUCCGCUCGCGGAUCGCUUUCGAAUACCAGAGCAUAGACGAAGCCCGAAAUGCCAUGAUGCUUGUUUCUAUCAUUCACAGACAGUUUGGGAAGUUCAACAUCGCCCUCGAGGCCACCGGAGUGCCCAGCCAGUACCGCGUGAAGACCUUCCCCCGCCUCCCCACGACUAUUCGGUGGUAUUUGCCUAAGAAUGGCAUCGUCAACCUCAUCACCCACGACGGCCGAGAGGAACUUCCCUCUCCUCUCCUGCUGCAGGUCCACGCUGCGAUUGCGAAUAUACUUCAUGCGACAGGCCGUGCCGAAGCUAUCAACAAGGCCCUCCAGGAUUAUGAUGACAUCAGCGUCCUGGCUCGAAGCGGCGCUACGAAUAUCGCACGACUUCUCGCUGUCAGCAGACUGCCCUCACUGGCAAUAGCCUCGCCGAAUGCGAACCGCCCGUCAAAGACCUGAUGACUGCUCGUGCAUCCUGCCAGAAUAAUUGAUUCCACUCAAUGAUCGUGUCAAAUAUCAUGCUAGAGAGUUCGCCG